AUGCGCACAGUCCUCGCAGUUCUUCUCCUGGCUCGUCCUCCCCGCAUGCUUCGCGCGGCCCGCCCGGUAGAGCAGACGGUCAGCAAGUUGAGCAGCACGGGUGGGCCCCCGGGAGGAGGGGUAGCCAGCGCUAGGAGAGAGGGAGCAGCAAGAUGGCAAGGUGGUCUGUUGAGGUUUUCCUACGAUGCGAGUCAGCCCCCCCAGGGAGACCCUAGCAGACAAGAGGAGGUAGAGCAGCCGAGGGAGGAAGGAGCAACAGAGAGGCACCAGGAGACAGGGUGCCCGAAGAGCAGGAAAAGAGAAGAGGCAGAUAGGAAGAAGAAAGGCGUAAGAAUAUCAUGGCAAGGAAGAGACAGGGACCCCGACGGGAGGAGGGACCCCCACACAUACGUACAGGGAGAGGGAGGAAGCAAGGUGCCUGGGGGGCAAGGGCCAGAGGGGAGGAGAGGGAAAACAGAAGGGAGCAGAAGAAACGAGAAGGGGCCAUAA